UAACUCGCAGCAGGCUGCCAUGACCAGCCCGUCUCAGGGGAUCCACCAGCUCCUUCAGGCAGAAAAAAGGGCCAAGGACAAGCUAGAGGAAGCCAAGAAGAGAAAAGAGAAGCGAUUGAAGCAAGCUAAGGAGGAAGCCAGGGCAGAAAUCAACCGGUACCGAAUGCGGAGAGAUAAGGAGUUUCGGUUGAAACAGUCGAAGGUAAUGGGCUCUCAAAGUAGUCUCUCAGAAGAAGUAGAAGAGCAAACACUAGGGAAGAUAAAAGAAUUAAAUGGAAGCUACACCAAGUACAUGGAAAUCGUGUUGAAAGAGCUUUUGAACACUGUUUGUGACGUGAAGCCAGGAAUCCACGUGAACUAUAGAGCUAUUCACUAAAUGUGCACCUUACUGCUCAAUAAAUGGUAUGUGCAUGCCA